UCUGUUGGUCCUUCUGGUUAUACAGUGAUGGAGAGAGGGGGGAGGAUCCAGUGUAAAUUUCGGGACCUGGAAGUGAAUACCAGAAAAGCAAUGGUACAUGUAAAAGAUUCUAAAACAGGAUCCAGCGGCAUUCCGGUGAACGUGAUUACCAACCUGUUUAGUUUAGGCUUGCCCAGGGAAUGGCAGCUAUACCAGUACCAUGUAACAUUUAACCCAGAGCUGGAAUCGAGACGUUUACGGAUUGCCCUGCUGUAUAACCAUGUUGAAUUUCUUGGAAAAGCCAAAGUAUUUGAUGGAGCAACCCUAUUUCUUGCACAUAAGCUUGAGAACCAGGUCACAGAACUGUCUUGUGAAACCCGAAGAGGGGAUAUGGUAAAGAUAACAGUCCAAUUAACUCACCAGCUUUUUUCCAGCAAUCCUGUGUGCAUUCAGUUCUUAAACCUCCUCUUUAAAAAGGUUUUACAAAAGCUGUCAAUGUAUCAGAUUGGACAAAACUUCUACAGUCCCUCUGAUCCCGUGGAAGUCCCUCAACACAAGCUGGUUCUUUGGCCAGGAUUUGCGGUUUCUGUUGGACACUUUGAGAACAAAGUCAUGCUUUGUGCAGAUGUGAGCCACAAAGUCCUUCGGAGUGAAAAUGUUUUGGAGUUCAUGACUAAUCUGUAUAAUAAUUCAGAGAGGACCUGUUUUCCAGAAAACUGUGAGAAGGAAUUGGUGGGGCUUAUUUUUCUUACAAGGUACAACAACAAAACAUAUCGUAUUGAUGAUAUUGAAUGGUCUAUAAAACCAACAGAUACGUUCCAGAAGCGUGAUGGCACCCAGAUCUCUUAUGAGGAUUAUUACAAACAGCAAUACGAUGUAGUCAUAACUGAUCUGAAUCAACCAAUGCUUGUUAGCCAACUGAAGAAUAGAGGCAACUGUUCUGCUGAGCCCCGUGUGGUGCAUCUAAUCCCAGAACUUUGCUACAUGACAGGGCUUAGCAGACAUGCAACUUCAGACUUUCGCUUGAUGAAAGAUCUCGCUCAACACACUCACUUAUCCCCACAACAGAGACAUCAACGGCUGUCUAGACUUGCUGACAACAUUCAGAGAAAUAAAGACGCUCGCUUUGAAUUAGAAAAUUGGGGGUUGCAGAUGGGAUGCCAGGCUUCCUUGACCGGACGUGUGGUCUCCCCAGAGAAAAUCCUCAUGCAGAAUGAGACAUGUUCUCCAGUGAACCCUGGGGACUGGUUCAAGGAUUUGCGCAAUAUGAAGACAAUCAGCGAGACUCGUCUGGAGAGAUGGCUCGUCCUGUGUAGUUACAACCAUACAGAUCUGACCCAUAAUUUUUUGAAUUGCUUGAGAAGAGUAGGAAGUCCCAUGAAUUUUCAUCUUCAAUAUCCCACAAUUUUGCCAAUAAAAGAGGGCCCAAUGUCAUUUGUGAAAGUCCUACAACAGCACGUGAAUCCUGAGCUACAGCUGGUGUUAUGCAUAUUGUCUUCCAACAAGAAGGACUGUUACGAUUCUGUGAAGAAGUUCCUGAGUCUUCACCAGCCCAUCCCUAGCCAGUGUGUGCUCGUCCGUACAUUGUCUAAACAAGGAAUGAUGAUGAGUGUGGCUACAAAAAUUGCUAUGCAGAUCAUCUGUAAGCUUGGAGGGGAGCUCUGGGCAGUUGAAAUACCAUUGAGGUCCCUCAUGGUCGUCGGCAUUGAUGUCAAUAAAGACACUCUGACCAAAGGAAGUUCAGUUGUUGGAUUUGUGGCCAGCCUGAAUGCCUCAAUAACUAAGUGGCAUUCGCGUUGCAUUUUCCAGUGUGCAGGAACCAGUAUGGCAGAUUGUUUAAGGAUCUGCAUGGAAGGUGCUAUAAACAAUUGGGAGAAAUGUAAUGGGCAUCUACCUGCACGCAUAAUCAUAUACCGGGAUGGUGUAGGAGAUGGGCAGUUGAAGAUGGUGAUGGAUUAUGAAGUCCCACAGUUGCUAAGUGUCCUUGAUGAAUGCAGUGGCGGGUGCAGACCCAAGAUGACAUUAAUCAUUGUGAAAAAGAAAUGCCUUUCUCGCUUCUUCGUUGAGUCUAAUGGGGGCCUGAGGAAUCCUCCUGUUGGAACGGUUAUUGAUACGGAGGCCACCCAACCUAGCUGGUAUGACUUUUUCUUGAUUAGCCAACUUGCACGCCAAGGGACUGUCAAUCCCACGUACUAUAAUGUGGUUUAUGAUGAGAACAAGUUAAGUCCAGACCAUAUGCAGCGGUUCACUUUCAAGAUGUGUCACCUCUACUAUAAUUGGCCUGGGUUAAUCAGAGUGCCAGCACCUUGUCAAUAUGCCAACAAGCUGACGUUUUUGGUCAGCCAGAGCAUCCACCAAGCGCCAAGCCUGGAACUUGCAAACAAGCUUUUCUAUUUGUAAAGAUGCUGGAGGAGGAGCGGCAGGGAGGAAGAUUUUGGUUUUGAAAGGAAAGCACUGUCUUCCCUUUCUGUGGGAAGCUGCUUCCAGUUCCAGGAAGAAGAGGUGAGGCAUUUCCUUGCCUUCACUCACAUCAGUAGCCUUGGAGUUAAAAACAUGCUGGUUUGUUGUAUGUUUUAAUGGCAAUUCUUUGUGUGAAAAUCUCCCUUAUUUCAAGGGGCUGUUUAUUCUUUUACCUGAAUAUUUAAGACUGUGCAACUCUCUUAGAUGGAAGUACUUCAGAAAUAUUUUGUAAUUUACUUAUUUGCAUUACUAAAAUGUUUGUAAUAAA